GGCUCCUUCGCCCGGGCUGCCUCCGCGCCUCCCUCGCCUUCUUAAUCCGGAGCCCCGCGGGCUGCUGCUGCUGCCACCGAUCGGGGGCUGGGAACGACGCGAUGCCGGCGCCCUACACGCGGAUCGUGGGCCGUGGAGCCUUCUUGCUUCGGAGAUGGUCUGCUGUGCCGGUGCGUUGGGCCCACACGCCACGUGUACUCCACGGCGACUUGGCCAAACUGUCCAGCCGGGCUCAGGAGUUUGUUGAGCAAGGGGUGCGACUCUGCCAGCCGGACAGCCUCCACAUCUGCGACGGGACGGAAAAGGAGAACACCAAAAUCUUGAAUUUCCUAGAAUCGGAAGGCAUCAUCAAGCCGUUGACAAAAUACGAGAACUGCUGGUUGGCGAAAACUGACCCGAAGGAUGUCGCUAGGGUGGAGAGCCGGACGGUUAUCGUCACGGAGGACCAGAGAGACACGAUUCCUGUCACAGCUCCGGGGGUCAAGGGUCAGCUGGGCAACUGGAUGAACCCCAAAACCUUUCAAGAGGCAGUGGACGAUCGGUUCCCUGGUUGCAUGAAAGGGCGCACCAUGUAUGUCAUACCCUACAGCAUGGGCCCACUUGGUUCGCCACUGUCCAAAAUCGGAAUCCAGCUGACAGAUUCGGCCUACGUGGUCGCCAGCAUGCGAAUCAUGACGCGAAUGGGGGCGGCGGCCCUCCGCACGCUCGGGGACGGGGAGUUCGUCAAAUGCCUGCAUUCGGUGGGGCGGCCCUUGCCCCUUAGUGAAGACCUCGUGAACAACUGGCCUUGCAAUCCGGAGAAGACCUUAAUCGCCCACGUGCCGAACCGCCGAGAGAUCGUGUCUUUUGGCAGCGGCUACGGGGGCAACUCCCUGCUGGGGAAAAAAUGCUUUGCCCUCCGCAUCGCUUCUUGCAUCGCCAAGGAUGAAGGCUGGCUGGCCGAGCACAUGCUGAUUCUGGGACUCACCAACCCAGAAGGAAAGAAGAAAUAUGUGGCGGCCGCCUUCCCGAGUGCGUGUGGAAAGACCAAUUUAGCCAUGAUGAAUCCUACCUUGCCAGGCUGGCGCGUGGAAUGCGUUGGGGACGAUAUUGCCUGGAUGAAGUUCGACAGCGAAGGUUGCCUGCGUGCCAUCAACCCUGAGAACGGCUUUUUCGGGGUAGCCCCAGGAACAUCCACUCGGACCAACCCGAAUGCCAUGCACACCAUCCAACGUAACACCAUCUUCACCAACGUGGCCGAGACCAGCGAAGGCGGGGUCUACUGGGAGGGCAUCGAUCAGAGGAUUCCGGAAGGGGUCACCAUCAGCACCUGGCAAGGAAAACCUUGGAAACCAGGGGACCCACAACCUGCUGCUCAUCCAAAUUCCCGCUUUUGUGCCCCAGCUCGGCAGUGUCCCAUUAUGGAUCCGGAUUGGGAAUCCCCCCAAGGGGUCCCCAUCGAUGCCAUCAUCUUUGGGGGCAGGAGACCGGCAGGGGUGCCUUUGGUGUACGAGGCCUUCAACUGGCGCCAUGGGGUCUUCGUGGGCAGCGCCAUGCGGUCGGAGUCCACGGCGGCGGCUGAGCACAAAGGCAAGGUCAUCAUGCACGACCCGUUCGCCAUGCGUCCGUUCUUCGGCUACAACUUCGGCCGCUACCUGGAGCACUGGUUGGGCAUGGAAGGGCGGAAGGGCGCCCGCCUUCCCAAGAUUUUCCACGUCAAUUGGUUCCGGAAAGAUGCCGCCGGGAACUUCCUGUGGCCAGGCUUCGGGGAGAAUUCCCGAGUCCUGGACUGGAUCUUCCGCCGCGUGGACGGAGAAGAAAGCGCGAAGGAGACGCCCAUCGGGUAUGUCCCCAAGGAAGGUGCCUUAGACCUCUCAGGCCUAAGCCAGGUGAGCUACUCGGAGCUCUUCUCGCUGCCCAAGGAAUUCUGGGAACAAGAGGUCCGAGAAGUGAGACAAUACCUGACGGAACAAGUGCCUGAGGAUUUACCCAAGGAAGUCUUGAAACAGCUGGAAGCCUUGGAGACCCGGGUGAAGAAAAUGUGAGGAACCUCAACCGUAGAAGACGUCCCACAAAAGACCAAAGAUUCUUCCCCUGUUUUUCGGAGCGGGGGGAGGUGGAGGGGGGGAGAGGAGAUAUCAGGGGCCUUGUUUACACAAAUAUCCAUUCCUCUUUUCUUACCAGCUAAGUCGCUUUAGUCUCAUAUCACGUUUCCAAGGUCAGCUUGAGGGCCACCCAACGUUCUUUGGGCGUGCCUUCCUUGACAGCGGAGUCACCUUGCUUUGAUACCUCUGUUUCGCUCCCUUCCUCCGUGGCGGUCCUUCUUUCAGCUCUCUGUUUCGCUCCCUUCCUCCGUGGCAGUCCUUCUUUCAGCUCUGGGAAAACGGGAUUGGGGGGGGGUGGACUUUCAUUUUACGACAUCAUAAUGGAUGGUGUGGUGCCUUCUGAGAAAUUGAUUCUUCUCCGCACUUCUUCUCCGUAGCUGUUCCAGAGGGGCUUUUGGGUCUUUGGCCAGCUUUCUUUUUUCAUUAAAAAAAAAAACUUGGGAGAGAGGGAAUAAGGAAAGAUGGGGGUUGGGGGGGGAGACAUUUAAAAUGAAAGCAGAAGGUAAUUGCAAGAUUUAUCUCCCAUGCUUAUAUUUCUGGAGGCAGAAACAGAGUUAUGCAUGAGACCUGCUCAGGGUUAUUGUGAUCAGGGCAACAGUUCCAUUGAAACAUAGCACAAAAUAACAGUUGGAAGGGAACUUGGAGGUCUUCUAGUCCAGCCCCCUGCACGGAAAGCAUGAAAUCCUUUACCAUUUCAGACAAACGAUUGUCCCAGUCUCUUCUUUAAAAUCUCUCUGUUGGAGCAGCCACAACUUCUGGGGGCAAGGAGUUCCACAGGUUAAUUGUUCUCACUGCCAGAAAAUUUCUCUUUAGUUCUAAGUUGCUUCUCUCCUUGAUUAGUUUCCACCCAUUGCUUCUUGUCCUGCCUUCAGGUGCUUUGGAGAAUAGCUUGACUCCCUCUUCUUUGUGGCAGCCCCUCAAAUAUUGAACACUGCCAUCACAUCACCCCUAAUCUGAGCAACAUUAACCCCAGAUUGCCCAGCUCUUAAGCAAACCAGAAUUGUGUGGUUAUAUGUCGGAGUUUUCUUUCUAUUAAUUAAAAAUAAAACAGUCCAGAUCCAUUUGUAUUUUCAAUCCUGUCUCACAGUACUGCAGCAUUCCUACCAACUUUAGAAAAUUUGUCCGUGUUUUAAAACAUGGGAGGGCACAAAUUUUGAUUUUUAUAACAUCGAUAAAAAUUGUCAAUGGGAAGAGUGGUGAGCCCAAAGACAAAAGUCUAGAGAAAUUACAUGAUUUGCUAACCAAGUCUUGCGAAGUGGACCUAGAAUAAUAAAAGAUGAAUAAUUUUUCUCCUUUCAAACAAGCUAAAUUUACAUUGGCUUGAGGAGUAUCAAUAAUGUUGUCGAAAUGUUUAACUUGUCCAUUCCUCUGACGAGAAUGCAACUUGGGUGCUAUGACUCUUUCAUCAGUGUGGCCUUAGAGUAAAAAGCUACCUUGUAGGAUUGUUGUGAGGACUAAUAAGAUGGGGAGUAAGAUAAUGCCAUUAUUACCAUCCUUGGAUGGGAUUCGGAUCAGGGUGAGGGAUUGGUGCCUUUUAAUAUUGCAUUGCUAUUGAAAUCAUGGGAAUCCUGUUUAGAUCAAGUUUUUCAUAACAUCAUGGAUGCUUCAAGAUUUGUGGAGUUCAACUCCCAGAAUUCCCCAGUCAACAUGGCUGACUGAGGAAUUCUGGAAGUUGAAGUCCAAACAUCUUAAAGCAUCCAUGUUUGAAAGACACAAGUUUAAAUUGCAUUGUUUUCAUGACAUCACAACAAUGCAAGCAAUAGCCAAUGAAGAAGUUUUAGCCUAAUGAAUAUGUUAAAUCCAGCGAGGGGAAUAAAUUAUAAAGUGUGCAUGCUCCUUAAACGCUAAAAUGAUGAACCUGUUAACACUUAAUCAGCUGAGAAUGUUAAUAGGUAGCUAUUACAUGGAGCCUUUAAUUGGUGCUCCAUGUGAAAGUCAAUUUUCUUCUUACUUGUCUACAUUCCUUGUCUAUCUAGAUUACAUAUAACGGGUUUAUAUGUCUUGCCUUUUUAAAAUUGCCAAUAAUGUGCUGUAUUUUACCAUUGUGAUGAGAAGGACACACUGCCAAAGAAACAAGAAAAGACCAAGAAAAAUAAAAAUGGUCAAUAUUUUUGGGUAGGGUUGUUACGACAGCAUUUUGACCAGAAACAAGACAGCAUCUGCAAACAAACAAACAAAUAAACAAACAAACUAGAAAAGUUACAAGAUUAACUGAAAUUUAAUUGAUGUGCGUGGCAGGGAAGAUUCUGAAACA